AUGGAGCUCACAGGCUUUUCUCAAGAACAGCUAGAUGUUCGAGAAGCUGUUGCCAAGAUCUGCUCCAAAUUUCCAGACGAGUACUGGGCGGGACAUGAUGAAUCUGGCGUGUAUCCACAUGAACUCCAUGCAGCUCUUGCACAAGAUGGCUGGAUUGGAAUCGCAUUGCCUGAGGAUCUCGGCGGUGCUGGACUUGGUAUAUCUGAAGCCACAAUGAUGCUUCAGACCAUCUCACAAAGCGGUGCCGGCAUAGCAGGAGCUCAGUCAAUCCAUGCAAAUGUAUAUGCCACACAACCGGUUGCCAAAUUCGCCAAAGAGGAUCAACGAAAGAGUAUGCUGCCUAGGUUGAUCAGUGGUGAGUGGAAAGCAUGCUUUGGGGUGACGGAGCCAAGUACUGGGCUAGAAACCCUGAAGUUGAAGACCCUAGCGGUUCGUGACGGGGACUCUUACAAUAUUUCGGGCCAGAAGAUAUGGAUUUCAUCCGCCCAAGUUGCAUCAAAGAUGAUAUUGUUGGCUCGUACAGAACCUCUGCAAGAACUUAAGAAGCCAUCGGAGGGCCUGUCUUUGUUUUUCAUUGAUUUCGAUAGACAUGCUCCUGGGCUUGAACUGAAGAGGAUCAAGAAGAUGGGAGGCAGAGCUGUUGAUGCUAACGAAGUGUUCUUUGACAACUACCGAGUCCCAGCAGAUACUCUGAUAGGCGAAGAAGGGCAAGGCUUCAAGAUUGUUCUCCACGGGAUGAAUGCUGAGCGCUGUUUACUCGCUGGAGAGGCAUUGGGCCUGGGCUACGCCGCAUUGGAGAAGGCUUCGAAGUAUGCACGAGAGCGUGUAGUCUUUGGGAGACCCAUCGGCCAGAAUCAAGGCAUCCAGCAUCCUCUUGCCGCGGCUUACAUGAACCUCGAAGCUGCCAAGCUUGCAACGUACCAUGCAGCCAGGGUGUAUGACUCGAGCGGCAAGGAUCCCUAUGUGACGCCUCAUGCAGUAGGCGUAGCUUGCAAUUCUGCCAAAUAUCUUGCUGCCGAAGCUGCGUUCACUGCCUGUGAAAGAUCCGUACUCGCUCAUGGUGGCAUGGGAUAUGCGCAAGAAUAUCACGUCGAGAGGUACAUGAGAGAAUGUUUCGUUCCUCGUAUCGCACCUGUGAGCAGAGAAAUGAUCAUGAAUUAUAUCGGUGAGAAGGUGCCCAAGCUCAAAGGCCUCAUUGAUGCCGUCCGUGCUGUCGAUACACCAGUCUCUUACCCCGAUCGCUGGACGGGACCUGCGGCUUUUAGAUCCGAUAUCUAUCCCGAUCAUUGGAAAGCUGACCUCAUGAGAGAACGGAAAGGAGUCACCCAAGCCUACCGAGACGCCGUCAGAACCCCUUCGGUACCAGCCUUUGUUGUGAGUGCCAAGGAACUCAUCAAGAAUAUCAACUCAACCACUCGUUCGGCACGCACGCCCGCCACAGGCACAAACAACGUGGCCUUGGGACCUCGUGCAUCGAAUAAACGGAACGCGGAUGUCAUUGACCUCCUCUCCUCGUCACCAAAGCGAGCAAAAAUCGAACCACCCGCUACACCCAAUGUCAUCGACCUUACUCAGGAUGAAAACCCUACUAUCAAAUUCAUCCCUAGUCGUCGUCUAUCCUCGCGACCAGCCCUUGCAGACAUCACAAAUUGUGGCACUGGCUCCAAGAACUCCCAGAAACGCCGCAAGAACCUCCGCCCUUCGCGAGAGCAAGACAUCCACCGUGAAAGCCUCGGGUUGUUGGCGAAGAUCGCGAGCAAGCUGCGUGCUAGUGCUCAUGCCCUUGUUGUGGACCGAGAGACCCUUCGUCGACGCUGGGAGCUCGACGGCAAGCUCCAGCUCCAGUAUAUCACAGACCAUUUAGCUGAUCUGAACGAGUGUUUCAAAACGGCUGAGAAUGGGAUCUAUGGUGCUUUGGAGGUCAUUGACAAGAGGCUUCUAUAA